GGAUUGGUCCGGGGAGCAUGGUUCGAUAUUGCGGAAAGCGUGUUUGGGCUCGUGUUCGUGCUCGAGUUCCUCAUCAAGGUGACCGCAGACGGUUUCUUCUCACUCCAAAUGCCUACGUUCGGAGCAUCUGGAACCUGCUGGAUUUCGUCAUCAUGGCCGGGCUGCUGGUGAACGUCAUCACCGGUCUUGUAUUCAUCGGAGGUUGAGCCGGUUGACACGGUCAUUUAAAGCUCUGCGCGCGUUGCGGUUGAUUACUCUCGUCGACCGGAUGCGCACAACUUUCGAGUCCCUGAUCAUCUCUGGCGCACUUCGGAUAUUGGACGCAGGAAUUCUGGCGAUCUUGUAUAUGAUCCCGUAUGCUGUCUGGGGGCUCAACAUCUUCAACGGCAAGAUGAACGAAUGCAAUGACUCCAGUGUCACCGGUGCAGACACCUGCAACAACGAAUAUACCAACACUGUCUUCGGGAACGCGUUUGGCUUUGUCGUGCCCCGCGUUUGGGACAAUCCCGCGCCGUCGACAGUGUUCUCGUUUGACUCGUUCCGUGCCUCGCUGUUGAUCUUGUUUGAGAUCGUGUCACUCGAAGGAUGGGUCGAUGUCAUGGGCGUGGCCACCAGCAUCACAGGGAACAACAGCCAGCCUCAGACCAAUGUUGCUCAGAUCAACUCGCUGUUCUUCCUCAUCUAUAACUUGCUGGGAGGUGUCGUCAUCUUGACGCUGUUUGUCAGUAUCAUCAUCGGCAACUUUAGUUCCAAAACAGGCACAGCGUUUCUCACGCAGCCCCAACGCGAAUGGAUCGAUCUACAGAAGCUAUUUCGUCGGCAGCGUCCCUCGAAACGGCCCCGCACACGUCCGACGUGGUCAGUCCGGUCUUGGUGCUACGACCGAGCGGUCCAUAAGAACGGAUGGUGGGCCAAUGGAAUGUUUGCUGUAUUCGUGGCGCACAUCUUUGUGCUGAUGACACAGACAUUCUCGACUCAGAGCAUCGUCGAUUCGUUGCGAAACGACUUUUUCUUGGCGAGUGCGUCGAUCUAUACCCUGGAUGUGCUGGUUCGCUUCUUUGGUCUCGGGUGGCGCAGCUUUCGAGCAAAUGGAUGGAAUGUAUUCGACAUCAUUGUCGCAGGAGGCAGCGUCGGGACAACUUUCAUCGUACGGUUCGGCUCGAUAGGAUUUCUCGUGCAGCAGCUGCAAAAGCUGUUCCUGGUCUGCAUCACCUUCAAGCUUGUCGAGAGGACGAACAGUCUCAACAAACUGUUCAAGACGGCGGUCGCGAGUCUGCCUGUGAUCAUCAGUUUGUUGAGCCUGUGGUUGGUUAUGUUCCUGUUCUUUGCGAUCCUCUUCCUCGAGGUAUUCGGGUUGACCAAGUGGAAUUCUGCCGAGACAAGAACACAGAAUUUCAGCACCAUGGGUUCGACCCUGGUCAUGCUCACGUUCUUCACGACUGGUGAAGCUUGGAACCAGUACAUGCAUGACUACACCAUCGAGUAUCCCCGUUGCACCAAUCGCGAUUUGAAAGAGAACUCGGAUUGUGGCAGCACCGUAUGGGCCUUCACGCUGUUCAUCACCUGGAAUCUACUCAGCAUGUACAUUUUCGUGAACAUGUUCACCGGUGUGGUCGUCGAGAACUUUUCCUAUGUCUUCCAAACGUCGGGUGGGACCAAGUCUAUCACGCGAGCCCAGAUGCGUGCAUUCAAGAAAGUUUGGGCCGAAUUCGCGAACCCCAAGACAGGCUACCUCGAACGCACUCAAUUCGUGCCGUUUUUUGCCAAACUGAGCGGUGUCUUCGAAGUACGGAUCUACCCGGUCGAACACAGCAUCCCCAACAUUCAAGCUCAGUGCAAGCCCUCGGCCGAGUCGCAGUAUUGGCCGGAUCGGGUUAUCGAAGGUGUCGACUUGAUCAAGUUGGAGAAGGUGCUCAAAGAUAUCGACUAUGCGGCAAUUCGCAAACGGAGGGCGAUUUAUAGUCGAAUAUAUCACGAAGCCAGUAUCUCUCACCAGCAGGGGCGAGGGAUGUCUUUCACCGACAUGCUCUUUUUGCUGGCACAUCACAAGCUCAUUGUGGAUCGAGAUGCCUUGGUGCUGAAAGAUCUCGUCGUCCGCACCGAAACGAACAAGCUGGUCACCGACUUGGUCAACCUUGACCGCGUCAGGUCUUUACUCAAAACUAUCUCGCACCGGCGGCGGUUCCUCAAGUACAAGCAGCAGAAGUACAUGUCCGAGACUCCGUCGAUCGUGGUAGAUGUAAUGCCCGCGACACCACCUCCCUCGUCAAGAGACAUCUCAUCCGCCAUCUACUCGACACCGGGUUCGCCCACGCCACAGCCCAAGGCGUUUUUCGGCUCGCCCGAUGUGUCGCUUACGUCGGGGUCCAAGCUGCAGCGCAGCGGCCGACGGACGAGCGACAUCAGCAUGCUGAGCGGAGAUCUUGGGUAUUACUACGGCGGAAACAGCAGAUCAAGAGAAAGUUCGGUCUCCAUGUCGCCAGGGGAGGACCCUCAGGCCAUCCUCCAGGCAAUGGAAACCUCCCCCUGGGGUGAUCUGAUGGCUGAAGCGGAGCUGGAGGAGGGCAGCAGGUAGUGGUUGUUGUAUGAUUGAUAUGGGUGGGAUUGUUUUUUUUAAUAUCUGGACGGUACAUAUUUUACUAGACAUGUGCAUUUCUGUACAGUAGCAUGCGCUCAUUUAUCAUAUUAUUCGUUCUAGCAUUCAUGGAUAUCAUAAUUACUGCCUGUCACACUGCCGUCA